AUGGAGUUUCAAAGAGCGCAACGAAACCUAAAAUUUCUACAAAAUGAAGACUCCAUGAAUAUUAACAAUCACAAUACAAUGAACGGUGAGAGCCAGAGAGCCUCAUCGAUAGCGAUAGAAACACAGAUACCAGAUGUUCAGUUUUCUUUAUCAUCUGAUGAUGAUUCCGUGAAUACUCAGAGAAGAAAGAGUAGUGUGCAAAAAUCUUCUGUGGCAAAAGAGAUUUCUAUAAGCAAUACUGAGAGUGAUACAAAUGUUAACACUAUGAAUACAAGCCCGGGUGCUGUUUCCCAACCUAUUUUAGAGGGUCAGAAACUCGAUAUGGCUGAGGAGAAUAUAUUCAUAAAUACUCAAAUUCAAAGUCGGCUUGAUGACGCAGAGGAGGCAACAAGUCUAAAAUCAAAACUCAAACAGUUCAAAUAUGCAUUGAAAAGCAAUAGUCCGAGUGAAGUCCUCACUGAUUCAACUAUAACAGCAAAACGAAGGCCAGCCAUAAGAAAAACCAAACCGAAACUCAAAUCAAAAGCCAAAAGUAAGCGAGAUCCUAACAUUAUUAAAAAUAUAACCGAGUUUAACAUUAAUAACUACGAACGCUCAAGGACUACUAGUUUAUUGAGGCAGUUAUCAGGCAAGCACAAGAAGGUUCUGGAUAUAAUAAAGGCACAGGAGUCAGGAAGUAACAGUGCAUUGUCAAAAGCAAAGAAUGGAAAGGGUGAAUGUGGUAUGUUUGAUACUUAUAGCGAACAAGAGUGGAAGCAUAUUUUGAAGUUGCUUUUGGAGAAGUUUCCUCAUAGUGAGUCAACAGACUUGAAUGAAGUUCAAAAAUUUUUAUAUGGAAGUGAACAAUCCUCAAGUUCUCUAGGAGAUCCAGAAACUCCACAUAAAAGGCUCUGGACAGCAUCACAGUUACCGCCCGAACUACCCAACGAGUCUGCUCAACCAGAGCAAGAAACAAAAAUUCACAACAGCCAAAGUGCAGUAAACUUUUUGUCGCUGUCUCAAGUGAUGGACGAUAAGAGUGAAAUCAUGAAAGAUGAAGAGGACAAAAUCAUUUCAGGGGGAUUUUCCGCAAGCUCUCCAGAAUAUGGAAGUAACCUAGAGGGACAAGAAUCUUCAGCGCAUAAUACUGCUGAAAACACUAAAUUAAUUGUAGCAGCACAAGUAAAUGAAAUUGCACUGGCGGAUGACACGGCUUGUAAACCUAUGCUAGUUGAGGAGGAUUCAAGAAGCAAAGAUAACGGAUACGAGGACCACGAUAAUAUUUCAAUUGUGUCGGAUAGUACCGACGAGGCGUCUACGUUAUUUCCAUUAGAUCCAUAUCGGUAUGUUUUUAUUGAAAACGAGGAUAGACCAGGAUUGGUUACCGAUACCAUGGGUAGCACACAAUUUUUCACUCCAAACACAUCACCCUUGGAUGGUAUAAUUGACCUCACACAAGAAUCCUUCAAAGCUGUUCGAUCAUUGAUAUCGCCUUUAAAGAUAGAAAACAAUAAGACUGCCGUAUCACAGGUAUCAAAUCAAGUUCAAGUUCCAGCAACAAGAACCCCCACGAUCAUUCCCCAAAAAAAUCUCACUAAGAUAUUAAAAACGGAAGAAGAAGUGAAUAGUCUAGAAAAUGUCAUCAGGAUUAAAUUAAUGCAUGAAGAAGUGAGUCAAUUUAACCCUGUAAUAAAAUCUGAUUGUUACGAAAUCGCAGUGAACGAUUCCGAAGAAGAGGAAACAGAAUACGAUGAUAAAUUUUGCAUUGCUGAUAUUGAGUUGAUAAACUUACCUAAAGGUCUUGUUCAGGCACCUCCACCAAACCUUACGAAUAAUGAUAAUAUUAAUAAUAAAAACGGCGUUACUACGACAAGCGUUGCUGAUUCACCUGAAAAAAUUCACGAAAUCAUCACUUCACAAUCAAUGAAGGAACUACGACAAAGCUUGAAAACAGUCGGACUAAAACCCAUGAGGACGAAACUAGAAAUAAUCGAGUCUUUACAGACUGCAUCACAAAUACUGUCAGCAAAUACGGUACCCACUCCAGGAGAUAGCGACGAGCAGCAUAAUUGUGCGAUAAACUUCAGCAAGCUUGAGAUUUUUGAUCACUUAACGGAACUGAUCCAGUCCUUUCCCGACUUUCUGGAGAGGAUAUACACAUUUGAACCCAUUCCACUAAAUGAGCUGAUUGAAAAAUUACUAAGCGUCGAGCCGUUCAUUUCACAAAUAGACGAAAUGACCAUCAGAGAAUGGGCAGACAUUCAAGGGAUCUGUCUGAGAAAUGAUAAAAAAAUAGUGAAAUAA